AUGGCUACCCCUAGUGUCCUAGCUUUUGACGCUGAGGGUCGCGCCAUUGAUUUUGAGGUCUGGUUAGACGACCUGCAGCUGUUCUUACAGUGCGACAGGGCUGACGACCUUUCUCUCUUUGACCUCACCUCUGGCGCCUCUCCUGCUCCUGCUGCUGAUGCUGAUCCCACUGUCUGCUCUAAGUGGGCCACCCGCGAUGCUGCUGCACGUCUUGCUGUGCGUCGCCACCUCCCUACCUCUGAGCGUGCGCACUUUAGUCAGUACAAGAGUGCUCAGACCUUGUACGACGCUGUAGUUGCGCGCUACUCCUCCCCUGCCACUGCUUCACUGAGCCGUCUCAUGCUUCCCUACCUCUUUCCUGACCUCUCUGCCUUUCCCACUGUUGCUGACCUCAUUACGCACCUCCGCACUAGUGACACUCGCUACCGCGCCGCCCUUCCUGCUGAGUUCUGCGCUAAGAACCCACCCCCCAUGUACAUCGCUCUCUACUACGUAGUCGCGCGCCUCCCUGACUCCCUUCGUGUCGUCAGGGACCACUUUCUCGCAGUCUGUCCCACCACCCUCACCGUCGACCUCCUCGAGAAGGCCCUCCUCGCAGCGGAGAAGAGUAUAGUUGCUGUAGGUGCUUCUCGUGGUGACCCUCGCACCCCCAUCUUUGAGGGGUGCUCUCCUUCCCCCUUGCUGCCCUCUGUUGCCUCUGCUGCUGCUGCCGACCUGCUUGGUCUUGAGUCGGUCGGCGCGGCGUCUACCCCUAGUGGGAGACGUCGCUCCUGCAAGGGCAAGGGGGGCAAGGGCGCGGGUGGAGCUGGAGGGGGCGGUGGCGGUGGCGGCGGUGGCGGCGGAGGGAGUGGGGGUGGCAGCGGGACUAGUGGCGGGGGUGGUGGUGGUGGUGGCAGCAGCGGCGGAGACGGUGGUGGUGGUGCCAGCGGUGGUGGUGGAGGCAGCGGCGGAGGUGGAGGCGGCGGAGGUGGAGGCGGUGGAGGCGGCAGCGGAGGAGGCGGUGGUGGUGGAGGAGGUGGAGCUGGUCGGGGUGGUACCCAGCAGCGUAGCGGCGGUGGUGGUGGCCAGCGCUCGCAGCGGCAGCAGCAGCAGCGCUCGCGGGACAUCCCUCCGCCUCAGCAGCUUCGUGAGUGGUACGCUGGGCGUCAGAUGGGUGGGGGUACUGGUCCCUGCACCUACGUUCUUCGUUCCGGCGAUCGCGCGGGUGAGCAGUGUGGGGUUGCCCACGCCACCCAGCGCUGCUUUGGCCGCCUGACGGACGCUUGGCGUCAGCAGUUCCCUGGGGCUAGUGAGAUCCCUCGCUGGGAUGAGCUUCUAAGGGCUGGUGUAGCAAUCUUUGAUCUUGAUUUUGAUGCUAUCCUUGCUGCUAUGUAUGCUGUGGAUUAUAGUGAGGAGAAUGAGGGUUACCGGUGUUUCCAGCCCGACCCGGGCAUUGGUACUGCUGCGCUAGGUGCUUGUGAGGCUGCUGCUCUAGGUGCCAGUGCGUCUGUGCUCUCAGGUACUGGUGAGACUGCGCUCUCAGGUACUGCAUCGUCCUCGUCCUCCCUCACUUUCACACUUGACUCCGGGGCUUCUCGCUCCUUCUUUCGAGACCGCACUACCCUUACGCCGCUCGGCCGGCCGGUUGCGGUCUCCCUUGCUGACCCCUCUGGGGGUCCUGUCCUGUCUCACUUCUCCACUGUCCUCCCGUGUCCGGCUGCCCCUUCGGGCACCCUGUCUGGUCUGUACCUUCCCUCGUUCUCUACGAACUUGGUGAGGGGAGCGGACCUGCAGGAUGUGGGGGUUCACCAGUUCACUCCUGCGAGUCAGCGGGUGACCCACUGCACGGAGGCACGCACAGGCCGACACCUGGCCACGUUCUCGCGUCGGCCGGGGUCGAGUCUCUACACCCUGACCGUUGAGUCUCCUCCUGUCCCUGCGUCUGGUCAGGUGGCUGCGUCGGGUCAGGUGCUUGCUGCUGCGUCCCGGUCAGGACCUUCCUGUGUCCCCUGUGUCGAGGGUCGCCUCCGGGCUACUCCUCACUCCUCCCACUUCCCCCCGACAGAGGCUCCCCUGCAGGCGCUUCACAUGGAUGUGUGGGGCCCAGCCCCCGUCCGUGGGCAGGGUCACGAGCGCUACUUCCUUUUGGUGGUUGAAGACUACUCGCGUUACACCACAGUCCUCCCCUUGCGCAGCAAGGGUGCGGUCACUGAGGUGCUGAUCGACUGGAUCCGCGAGGCUCGUCUCCAGCUCAGGAAGAGCUUCGGCUCGGACUUUCCUGUUCUGCGUCUGCACUCGGACAGAGGCGGAGAGUUCUCUUCUCGCCUUCUGCGGGACUACUGUCGUGCACGGGGGAUUCGCCAGACCUUCACGCUUCCGGACUCACCACAGCAAAAUGGGAUUGCUGAGCGCCGCAUUGGCAUGGUCAUGGAUGUUGCUCGUACGUCCAUGAUGCAUGCGGAUGCCCCCCAUUUUCUGUGGCCGUUUGCAGUGAGGUACGCGGCGCAUCAGCUCAACCUUCACCCCCGGGUCUCUCGGCCUGCGAUGUCCCCAGCCUUGCUGUGGACGGGGAAGGUUGGCGAUGCGUCUGUGUUCCGUGUCUGGGGAUCUCGGGCGUUUGUCCGCGACUUGUCUGCGGACAAGCUGUCCCCUCGUGCUGCUCCCUGUGUCUUCCUUGGCUUCCCCACUGACGCCCCAGGGUGGCAGUUUUACCACCCCUCCUCUCGUCGUGUUCUGUCCUCCCAGGACGUCACGUUCGACGAGUCAGUCCCCUUCUACCGUCUCUUCCCCUACCGCACUCCUUCUCUCCCCCCUCCCCCAGACUUCCUUGUGCCGGUUCCCCCCCCGGUAGACCCCCUCCUCCCUCAGGUUCCUGCCCCCUCAGGUGUGUCCCAGGUAGACGCCGUUGACUCGGUCGAGGUUACUGGUGACUCUGGUGCUGCUGCGGGUGCUGAGCCUGGGGGUGCUGACUCUGGGGGUGCUGUGCGCGGGGGUGCUGAGCCUGGGGGUGCUACUGCUGGGGGUGCUGGGCCUGGAGCUGCUGAGCCUGGGGGUGCGAAGCUGGGAGCUGCUGAGCCUGGGGGUGCUGCGUCUGGAGCUGCUGAGCCUGGGGUUUCUCCUGCUGCUGCGUCUCGCCGGGAGCCCCUCUCUCCACAGGAGCUGCGUGAGUGGUUCGCUCGCCGCUGGAGGCGUGCUGCUGAGUCUGGAGGUGCUGCUGGAGCUGGAGCUGGAGCUUCUUCGACCGUCGAGGAUGCGGGUGCUGCCGGUCCCAGAGCUGCUGGACGUGCGGGUCCUCCUGGAGCUGGAGCUGCUGAGGGCGUUGGUGCUGAGCCUACUGCUGUUGGUCCUGCCGCUGGAGGUGUGGGUGGCGCUGGUGCUGUCGCUGAGGGUGCUGGUGCUGUCCCUGCUGAGUCUGGAGCUGCCGCGCGGCCUCGGCCGUACUUCGUUCCGCUCUUGCAGCAGGUUCUUGGUCUUUCUCCUCCACUAGAGGGUCCACCGCCUGUCCAGUCGCAGUCCCUGCUGGAGCCUUCCUCUCCACUGCCUGCUCCCUCUCCUUACACUGGUCCUACUGGAGGUCUUGCUGAGCGUCAUGAGCCUGCGUCUCGUCCCGCGUCGCCUGUUCGUGCUGCUCGCGCUAGUGGUCGCAGUUCGCGUCAGCGUCCUCCUCUUGUCCCUGGCACGCACCGGAUGUCUUUGCGUCCGUCCACGGCUCCUCUGCGCGCCCCUUUGCCUUCUCCUCCUGAGUCCUCUCUUCCUGCGCUUGCCGACCCUGAGUCGGACUCUCUUCAUGCUGCCAGUCCUACUGUCACGCGUCUGCUUGCUACUGUCGUCACUGACCCCUCUUUUGAGUCCACUGCUGCGUCUGCUCUAGUCGCUGAGCUCGUCGACUUUGCUGCUCGCUGUCGUCUCGACUACGCUGCUAGUCUUGUUGCUGAGUCUGCGUCUGUCUGUCCUCCGUCCGUCGGGAGUGAGUGUGCUCUUGGCACGAACGUCCUAGAGGACAGGCAGGAGGAGUUACAGUGUCUAGUGGCUGCUUCACCUCAUCUCGCGUCUCGACUGCUUGCCCCUGAGGGAGACCCGGAUGCACUAGACAUCCCGACUCCGCGUUCUUACGCGGAGGCCGUAGAGGGUCCCUACUCCUCUCAGUGGCAGGCAGCUAUGGAUGCAGAGAUGGCUUCCUGGAAGUCCACAGGCACCUACGUUGACGCGGUUCCCCCUCCUGGGGCGAACAUCGUCAGUGGCAUGUGGAUCUUCAGGGUGAAGCGGCCGCCGGGCUCUCCACCUGUCUUCAAGGCACGGUACGUUGCUCGUGGCUUCAGUCAGCGGCAGGGAGUUGACUACUUUCAGACCUUCUCUCCCACCCCGAAGAUGACUACUCUUCGGGUGCUGCUGCACAUAGCCGCUCAGCGCGACUACGAGCUUCACUCUCUCGACUUCAGCACUGCGUUCUUGCAGGGUAGCCUGCACGAGGAGAUCUGGCUUCGCCGUCCACCUGGCUUCACUGGGACUUUCCCUCCUGGCACCCAGUGGAGCCUCCGACCGCCAGUCUACGGUCUCCGCCAGGCACCGCGUGAGUGGCACGACACACUGAGGACUACGCUUGCGGCUCUUGGGUUUGCUCCUUCUUCUGCUGACCCGUCGCUGUUUCUUCGCACCGACACUUCCCUCCCGCCGUUCUACAUCCUCGUGUACGUCGACGACUUGGUCUUUGCCACAGCGGACACUGCUGGACUCGCCUACGUGAAGUCCGAGCUGCUGAAGAGACACACGUGCACAGACCUGGGUGAACUGCGCAGCUACCUUGGCUUGCAGAUCACUCGGGACAGAGCACGCCGCACCAUUACCUUGACUCGGUCACACAUGGUGCAGCAGGUCCUUCAGCGCUUCGGCUUCACACCGGAGCACAUGGCUGCAGCGAAGAGGGUAUUGCGCUACCUGUGCAGUACGUCGGGCAUGGGGCUAGUGCUUGGAGGGCGGAGUCCAGUGGUCCUUACCGGCCACGCGGACGCUUCUUGGGCUGACGACCAGGCUACGCAGCGGUCGUCACAGGGUUACACCUUCAACCUUGGUUCCGGCUCUGUCUCGUGGCGGUCUACUCGCUCGUCUUCGGUUCUCGGCUCCAGUUGUGAGGCUGAGAUCUACGCCGGGGCCAUGGCUGCACAGGAGCUUCGCUGGCUCACCUACCUGCUGACUGACCUUGGAGAGCCGCCUCGUUCUCCUCCAGUGCUGUACGUAGACAACAAGGCCAUGCUGGCCUUGUGUCGAGAGCAGCGCUUGGAGCACAGAACGAAGCACAUUGCUCUCCGCUACUUCCUUGCUCGUGAGCUGCAGUAG